GCAAAUAUUGACGCGGCGAGAGGCCGCGCGGAAGAACCCCCGCGAGUCUGGAGAACGGCUGUGUUCCGGGAAAUAAGAUCGUGCACGCAUCGGAGGACUUGUCCUCCGACCGGGCUGUCCUUUCGCUGUUGACAGAAGCAACGCCGUUAUCGCGACUCCAGAAAUCGUGACGAUGGAACACUCUGCGUGGGAGGAAGUCGGUUGACCGAUCGAAACUGGGUCGUGAUCUAUCGACGGGGUGAUUCUCAACCGAUCGAGGGGGCGCAAAGAUGCGUUUCAGAACACAAUGUGAUUUUGCGCUAAAAUUUCGCAAUAAAGAGCAUCGGUCCCGGAAGUGCGCGAGUGAAUUUAUAGGAACGAUUUGUUGAACGAACGACACGCGAGGAGUUCGGAGUGGUACCAAAGUAUUUGCUGAUGGGAAUUUCCGCUGACCGUCGCUGAUCCCGGAAUAGAUUUAGAUAAUGGCCUUCCAACUGGACGAUCUACUGAAGGACGACAAAAAAGACGCGAAUUUGAUACCCGAUUUAAGUAAAUCAACUUGCAAUUCUCACGAGGAAUUCCGACGACUCAAGGAGAAUUGUCCGGAAUUUAAGAUCAAACCGGAAAAGGUAAAACGAGAGGAGACGAAGGUUCGCGACAAAGAGUUUUCUUGGAAAGCGACCAAGAAGGAGCUCAAAAACAUCGGCAGGGAAUGGGCUUACGGUGAUCCAGUCCCGCCGGAUAUGAGGGAAUUGGAUCUGCAAGAGUUGCAACAGGUCGCCAUCGACUGGCGGAUGCUGACACCGAUCAGGCCGAAGCUUCGCCAAGACGAGGAAAUGUUCUCGAGAUUGGUGGAAAUGGGCAAAUUGGAAGCGAGAACCAUAGCGAAAGAACGCCGUUCACCCACGAGCCCGAUCAGACGUAGCAAGAAUCGCGCGGGGAUAAUCGAGAGCAGCGUGAAGACCUGCAGGGAGUGCGGCGAGGAGUAUUGUUUCGGCGAGUUUUGCGGGGACGUUCUCUACGAUUCCUUCACCAGGGUGACGAUCGCCACCCAGCAGUCGAAGAUCAAGAUAUCCGCGGACGCCGAAGCCAUAAUCGCCAACAUGGACCGUAAGAAGAAGAGGAAAGGGAAGAAGGGAAAGAAAAGGGUCAAGAGCAAGAGCAGAACGUCGAGGAAGUCCGCCAGACUGUUGGUUAACAACAAGGCGAGAAGAUCGAUAACGGAAUUGGAAAAUAAAUCUGUCAAGGCGAGAAAUGGCGAAGGGCAGGGCGAGAGGCCGGUGAAACAGUUUAAGAGGAAGUGUAGCAAGUACACGAAGAAAGGCCUUUUACGUAAAUAACAAUAAUUAUUAAUUAUAUGAAUAAUUGGGACACCUAUAGAAAUUCUGUAUAUCUUCUGAAGGCAUCUUAUAUAUAUAUAUGUAUUUAUAUAAUAUGUAUCCUUAUCUUACGUGAAUUUUGAUGAAUAUAAAAAAAAUAUUAUUCUAGUAAAACUAUAACAAAAAUGUAUGCGGUAUACAAAUAUUUGCAGAUCCAAGCACACUUGGAUACAAAUAAAUUAAGUAGAUAAGGAUUGUACAAGUAAAACACCUCAGUAUUGUAUUUUUAAUAAUGUAAAAAAAAUAUUAUCCACAAGAAACAAACGAAAAAUACGUAUGCUCGAUUAAUAAAAGAAAAAAUGAAUUCGAAAUUCUAUAUCUAUAUCUAUAUAUUAUUAUAGACUUCAUGACCGAAUUUUUUUCGAAAAUCAAGAUACACGAAAUAAAUGUACAUAUGUACAAGUCGGACAGGCGCAAUAUUAAAUGCUCCCUAUUAAAUGCUGAAAAAAUAUAACUUUUA